AACAGGCAUGAUGUCCAUAAACUGAAAAAGGAAGAACCUAUUUAUCUUUUUUGGAUUUUUUUUUUAUGAGGCAGACUGAUGCUCAUUGAUGCUCAGAUUUCUGAAAUGUCAGCUCAAUGAGAUCAUUUGGAGAAGGACCAUAGAACAGCUGAACAUUAUGUCUGUUAGUGCAACUGAGGGCGAUAUCCCCAGGUUCUUCGUGGGGUGCGAGGAAGCAGACGAGAUUUUGGACCAGACCAAAGCUGAAAAUGUGGACAAUCUUUACGAGAACACUGAAGAUGAGGAUGAGGAUGAAUAUGAUUCACCGCCAGAGAGGCAGAUUGUGGUGGGAAUCUGUGCAAUGGCAAAGAAAUCCAAAUCCAAGCCCAUGCAAGAGAUCCUGGAGCGGCUGUCCCUGUUCAAAUAUAUCACUGUAGUUAUUUUUGAGGAAGAUGUCAUCCUGAAUGAACCAGUAGAAAAAUGGCCUCUGUGCGACUGCCUUAUUUCCUUUCAUUCUAAAGGUUUUCCACUGGAUAAAGCUGUUGCUUAUGAAAAACUCAGGGGUCCAUUUGUAAUCAAUCACUUGAAUCUUCAAUAUCAAAUCCAAGACAGGAGGGAAGUUUAUCGAAUUUUAAAAGAGGAGGGAAUUCUGCUUCCUCGCUAUGCAGUUCUUAACCGGGAUCCUAACAAGCCAGAAGAAUGUAAUUUAAUUGAAGGAGAGGAUCAUGUUGAAGUGAAUGGUGAAAUUUUCCAAAAACCUUUUGUGGAGAAACCAGUCAGUGCUGAGGACCACAAUGUUUACAUUUAUUAUCCAACAUCUGCGGGGGGUGGAAGCCAGAGACUUUUUCGAAAGAUCGGCAGUCGUAGCAGUGUGUAUUCACCUGAAAGCAGUGUGCGAAAAACUGGUGCCUACAUUUAUGAGGAGUUCAUGCCGACUGAUGGCACCGAUGUGAAGGUGUACACAGUAGGGCCUGACUACGCUCACGCUGAAGCUCGCAAGUCUCCUGCCCUAGAUGGAAAAGUAGAACGCGACAGCGAGGGAAAAGAAGUGAGGUAUCCUGUCAUUCUCAACGCCCGCGAGAAACUAAUAGCAUGGAAAGUUUGCCUAGCUUUUAAGCAAACAGUUUGUGGUUUUGAUCUGCUGCGUGCAAACGGACAGUCUUAUGUCUGUGAUGUAAAUGGAUUCAGCUUUGUGAAGAACUCCAUGAAAUAUUAUGACGACUGCGCCAAAAUACUCGGAAAUAUGAUAAUGCGAGAGCUUGCUCCUCAGUUUCAUAUUCCAUGGUCCAUACCAUUGGAGGCAGAAGAUAUACCCAUUGUGCCAACAACAUCUGGAACAAUGAUGGAAUUGCGCUGUGUAAUAGCUGUUAUAAGGCAUGGUGAUAGGACACCAAAACAAAAAAUGAAGAUGGAAGUAAGACAUCAAAGGUUCUUUGAUCUGUUCGAAAAAUGUUAUGGUUACAAAACUGGAAAGCUAAAAUUGAAGAAACCUAAACAGUUGCAGGAAGUCUUGGACAUUGCCAGACAACUGCUUGUAGAACUUGGCCAAAACACUGACUCAGAAAUUGAAGAAAGCAAAGCAAAACUUGAACAGCUUAAAACUGUGUUGGAAAUGUAUGGUCACUUUUCCGGAAUAAACCGUAAGGUGCAGUUGACGUAUCUCCCUCAUGGUUGCCCUAAAACCUCUAGCGAAGAAGAAGACUGCCGAAGAGACGAGCCAUCGUUACUCCUGGUCCUCAAGUGGGGGGGUGAAUUAACCCCCGCAGGUCGGGUCCAGGCAGAAGAGCUUGGCAGGGCGUUCCGAUGCAUGUAUCCCGGAGGCCAAGGGGAUUAUGCUGGGUUCCCAGGAUGCGGCUUGCUACGGUUACACAGUACCUACCGACAUGAUCUUAAGAUCUAUGCAUCAGAUGAAGGGCGAGUCCAGAUGACGGCUGCAGCUUUUGCCAAAGGAUUGUUGGCUCUGGAGGGAGAACUGACCCCAAUACUUGUCCAGAUGGUGAAAAGUGCAAAUAUGAAUGGUCUACUUGACAGCGACAGUGACUCUUUGAGUAGCUGCCAGCACAAAGUGAAAGGAAGACUCCACGAGAUCCUCCAAAGAGACCGAGAUUUCAGUGCUGAGGACUAUGAAAAGCUUACACCAACUGGAAGCGUUUCCCAGAUUAAGUCUAUGCAUAUCAUUAAAAACCCAGUUAGGACCUGUGACAAGGUGUACUCUUUAAUCCAAAGCCUGACAUCCCAAAUCCGGCAGAGAAUGGAAGAUCCAAAAUUUGCAGAUAUUCAGCUUUACCAUAGUGAAACCCUGGAGUUAAUGCUGCGCAGAUGGUCCAAACUGGAAAAAGACUUCAAAAUGAAGAACGGGAGAUAUGACAUCAGCAAAAUUCCUGACAUAUACGACUGCAUUAAGUACGACGUUCAGCAUAACUGUUCCUUAAAACUGGAGAACACGAUGGAGAUAUACAGGCUUUCCAAAGCUCUAGCAGAUAUUGUCAUACCUCAGGAAUAUGGCAUUGCCAAAUCGGAAAAGCUAGAAAUUGCCAAAGGUUACUGCACACCUCUUGUUCGAAAGAUUCGCUCCGAUUUACAGAGAACUCAGGAUGAUGACACAGUCAACAAACUACAUCCGCUGUAUUCCAGAGGGGUGAUGUCUCCGGAGCGCCACGUACGUACUCGCUUAUAUUUUACCAGUGAAAGUCACGUCCACUCGCUGCUGUCAAUUCUCCGUUUUGGGUCAUUAUGUGAUGAGACAAAGGAUGAACAGUGGAAAAGGGCAAUGGACUACCUAAAUUUUGUAAAUGAACUCAAUUACAUGACCCAGAUUGUGAUAAUGCUUUAUGAAGACCCAAACAAGGAUCUUUCAUCGGAGGAGCGCUUUCAUGUUGAGUUACACUUUAGCCCUGGAGCUAAAGGCUGUGAAGAGGAUAAAAACCUACCGUCUGGAUCUGGAUACAGACCUGCAUCUCGAGAGAACGAAAGUUCCAAGAAACAAAUCCAUGGCACUGACAGUGAUGAAGAGUCCAGAGACCACUGCAGGAGGGAUGAGCCUGACCGAGGGUUGCUGAUGUUUAAGCCUUUGGUUUCUGAUCCUAUUCACAUACACCGGAAAUCUCCUCUUCCCCGAUCCAGAAAAAUAGGUUCAGCAGAGGGAGAGAGCCCCCUGAGUGUGUCUAGCCCAGAGUGUAUCGGUACCUGGAUGCAUUACACCGGUGCUGUGGGUUCUGGGCGUCGAAGACGCAGAUCAGGGGAUCAAAUCACUUCUUCCCCCGUGUCCCCUAAAUCAUUGGCUUUCACAUCCAGUAUUUUUGGCUCAUGGCAACAGGUGCUAUCAGAUAACAAUAGUCAUGUGAGAGCAUCUAGACACUUGGAACAAAAACCCGGUGGUUUAGACACCCACACACUGAAAAAUGAGUCAAGAAGGUCUUGUUCUAGGAAGUCUAGACUCGUCGGUCACUAUUGGAGCUCUCUGCCCAGAGGGUCUCACUGCGUGGGUCUGUUUAGCACUUCGGUGCUUGGGGGUUCUUCAAGUGCACCUAACCUACUGGAUUAUGCUCGCUUCCAUCGUAAAAAGCUGACAGGCGCUGGCUGUAUUGAUGACGCCACACGCAGCUCUGCUGUUAAAAGAUUUUCUAUCUCAUUUGCGCGACACCCAACCAAUGGAUUUGAGCUGUACUCCAUGGUGCCUUCCAUUUGCCCCCUUGAGACUCUUCACAACUCCUUGUCUCUAAAGCAGGUGGAUGAAUUUCUGUCUGCCAUUGCUGCUCCUUCCGACUGUCUACUGGAUACACCUGCUUCUCCCUCUACUCCUGGAUAUGGUAGCCAUAUAGGUGGCAGGAAAGUGUCACUAAACACGUACACACCCACAAAAAUUCUCCCAACACCACUCUUCCUUUCUACGGAUGUUGAAAUGCCGGAUGCCCCUGAUUUACCGGACACUGGACUUACAAAUACAGACUUGGAUAUGGAGCCUCUUUCUACGCAAGAGAGGGAACCCAGUGGCAACAUUCUCAACAAACCAAUUCCACAGUAAAAUAAACCAAAUUUUUGUCCUGCAUUCACGAAGUAAAACUGCACCCUUCUCAAUGUUGGUGUGGAAUUGGUGGCAUAUUUAAUAGAUAAUGCAUCUGAACUAUUCUACAUGCUAUUUUUUGUAUUCUAAUAUUGCUUUUCAGUUUGUACAUACAGAUAAAGAAGGUAAUUAUUUUUGUUUACAUUGUAAAUAUCGUAUAAGGCUAAAUAUCUGCUUUAUCGGGGUCUGUUACAACCACAAAUUUCUAUAUUUUUUUAAUACUUUGGUGGGGGGGGCUCUAAAAGUGACAAGUGUUAAAUCUUGCACUUUUAUGGUAUCUGUUAGGACGAUUUGCAUGUUUC